AAGUUUAAAAGCGGCAUAUAAACGAGUAUAAUUACGAGAAAGAUUUGAAAUUUGAAAAAUAAAAGAAAACAAUAGAAACAUUUAAUAAUUAGAAAAAUUUUAAAAAAGUGGGAUAUUUAAAAAAGGAUAAAUAAAUUAAAAAUUUUUACGCGACGCCAUUUAAUCGUUGUUUAUAAAACUCAACUCAACAGCUCCACUGCAUAUUACUCGUAAAUUCACUCCGCAAAAGACAAUGGCCCAAAGCGGAAGUUGGUCUAGUGGCAGCGGUAGUGGCUCGUCAACAGCUCAGAGUAGAGGAUUGUCAACAGCUCCACCCCAAGAGGAACGUCUUUUGGUGGCUGUUCGCGUUCGUCCUUCAUUUGAGAAUAGUGAACGUUGUAUUGAAGUGGUUUCUUCAAAAUCUCUUUUAUUUGAUGAUGGUGGUCGGGGUAAAGCACGAAAAUAUUCGUAUGAUAAUGUCUUCAAGGAGUCAGAUACUCAGGAAACUGUUUACAAAACCACCACAGCACCUUUGGUCAAAGAAGUUAUUAAAGGUUAUAAUGCUGCGGUGUUCGCUUAUGGAGCCACAGGUUCCGGAAAAACUCACACAAUGUUGGGGCCUUCACGCAAGAAAGGUUCAUCGGCGGAAAUUGAUGCCACCGGCAGCGAUUGUGGUUUAAUGGUACGUGCAAUAGAGGAAAUAUUUCAACAUGUGGAAAUGGCAGAAGAUCCCAAUUCUUGUAAGGUUUCUAUAUCAUAUUUGGAAAUAUACAAUGAAUUAAUACGAGAUCUCUUAAGUCCGGGUGGUCCCUUGGAAUUGAGAGAAGAUAAUCGUGGACAACGUAUUACCGUAGCUGGCCUUUCUGAAAUUACUACCUCUAGUCGUAAAGAAGUAGUUUCUUUAUUGAUGAAAGGCAAUAAGGCACGCACCAUGGAACCGACAGCUGCUAAUCAAACCUCAUCCCGAAGUCAUGCUCUCUUAAGUAUUUCGGUGCAAACAAAGACUCCUUUGGGUCUUAAACAAGGCCGACUAUUUCUAACUGAUUUAGCUGGUUCUGAAAGAGCCAAGAAGACUAAAAAUCGUGGUAAACGUUUGCAGGAAGGUGCUCAUAUUAACCGUUCACUAUUGGCUUUAGGCAAUUGUAUAAAUGCUUUGUCGGGUGGUGCACGUUAUGUCAACUAUCGUGAUUCGAAAUUAACACGUUUGCUCAAAGAAGCUUUAAGUGGUAAAUGUAAGACUGUUAUGAUUGCUCAUGUUGCGCCAGAAAGUAAACAUCGGGAUGAAACGAAAAACACAUUAGUCUAUGCCGAUAGGGCCAACAGUAUAACGACACGUUUACAAAAUUCCGUGUAUGUAGAUGAAAUGCAAAAUUUCCCCACCAAACAUUAUCAGCAUUUGGUGUCUGAGUUAAGGGAAGAGGUGUCACGUUUACGCACUAAAAUGUUAACAGAUCGUCCUAGAAGUGGGGCUGCGGCAACAGCAACUGCAGCCCCAGAGGAGCCCGCAAAAGAAGCAGAAAGUGAUGAAAAACGUAAAACGGAACUGCGAUAUUUGCGAGAACAAAUUGUUUUAACUUUCAAACAACAAAUGAAGUUAAGACGUAAACUAUUGGAAGCUGAAAGUCAUUUAUUGGGUUUGGAAUUAGAUGCGGAGCGUCAGCAUAUGAUAAUAUCACACUGGCAGGGACGUAUGGGUAAAUUAUAUGAUACACCAACUGAAGAUGACAUUGAAUCGGAGGGUACCAUUGCCCUGAAAAAUGCUUGGGGUGAAUUAGCUGCCAUUGAAAAAGAAACCAGAAGAUAUAAAGAAAUACGUGAAAGAACAGAACAGGAAUUGGAAUUAUGCCGCCAAAAAGGGGUACAAUUGGAAGAUGAGUUACCUGAACGCAUAAGCAGCGAUGAAGAAAGAGAACUUUUGGCCUUACUAUGUAGGGUACAUGAACUAGAAGCCGAUAAAGUUUCUUUACAAGCGGAAAGAUUAGCUAGACAAGCUGAAUUGCGUAGAAGAGAUUUACAGCUGUUAAGAGCCGAAAGGCAACGAAGGUUAUGUGAAGACAUUAUUAGUUCCCAAAGACGUUUAAUAGAAGAGGGCAAUGUAGAAUUACCAGAUGAACUACGCGAAUUGUAUGGUCUUUAUCAGCAAGAAAUACAUGCUGGCACUGUAACCGCCACAGCAGCUUAUGAACGCAAACUACCACCCAUCUAUACAGCUGGAUCUGAUUCCCCAUGUUCCAGCUCAAGUUCAGAAUGGUCUCCCUCCUCACCUUUACCACCCAUUGAAGGUGGCCCAGCGAUAGCCGAAAUUGCAAUAGCAGAUAAUCCUGAUCGUCAUAUGGGACCGGCAGUACACUCCCGUUUACCCAAAUUAGCAGCCACCAAUAAUACAGGGCCACCGCCCUCUAGAAGAGUUAUGAGAUUUAACAAAUAAAUACCACACUUACCCCCGUAGAAUUUAGAAUAAAUAUGUUUCCUUACAAGAGCCUAAGGAAAAGUGAAAAAACGUGCUGCAGCUCAGGGAAAAUUUGAAAAUUGUUGGCAUAAAAACUUGUUGAUUUGAAAAUUGUAAAUUCAAAAUAAAUAAUAUAAUAAUAUUUAUAAAUAUAUUUGGACUAUGUA